UCUGCUCAGGGGGGCUGCUGGAUGCUCCGUGAUGGAUGAGGAGUGACAGAUCGGGGUUAGCCGCCAGGGGAGCACCAUUUUCUUCCAGCGCACGGUCUUCAAAAAAGAAGGAGGUAUAAGACGCUGGACGCGGAGGGAGGAAGGGACGAGAAACAGACCCAUCUCAACCCCUCUUCUUGCUCUCUCUCUCUCUCUCUCUCUCUCUCUCUCUCUCUCUCUCUCUCUCUCUCUCCCCGUACUCUCGUGCAUCACAACAUAGUGGGCUUUACCCGGACUGCACCGCAUUGACGCUUCUGCUGCUGCUGCUGCUGCUGCCGCCGCCGCCGCUGCGACCCAACCCUCCAAACUAACGCACACACAGGCAGAGAGAAGCAUCUUUUUGGAAGCUGGACAUUGGGUGUUUGUGCGGAAUCUGUGUCUGGAUAUGCAGCAUUUCCCUCGCUCACUCUCUUAUUUUUCAUUCAAGGUGGAUUCGCCGUCCUCCCCGGUGUUGUCAAGACUUUAAAAGCGAGAGUGAAUAUUGCAGGAGGGGGACGGUUUUUGCGACUACUGCAUAGUGCACAACAAGAAAUCGGAAUCUAACUCACAAGUUUGCAGAGCUCAGAUCAUGACUGCAGCUGUUCACUUACAGGAGUGAGCCCCCCCGCCCCCACUCCCCCCCCCCCUCUCUCUCUUCACUGCCUCCAACAUGGGUAUUGACUGACUGAGAUACGAGGAUGCACUUGACUUGUGAGGAUUAAAAAAGAACUGCGCGCAAUAAUUCCUGGAUCAUGCAGAUUCUGCAGCCUAGGACGUUAUUUGUGUUGCUGGCACAUGCACAUGUACUAUUAUCACUCAGAUAUAACGGAGAGGCACGGAGCAACAGCAGCACAUACUCUUCCAGGAGUUUGCAUGGGUCACUCCGAGAGAGUCAUCCGAAUAAAGCCCGGGACCGUGCGCUCUCACCGGGGUACGCCACAGGUGCAUCCCCGGCGGAGGGCGCGAUUUUCCGGGGGACUUUUAACUCCUCUCACCCCUGGAAGAGGGUGGUGGCAGAGGAAACGUGGCGGAUUGGACACAACAAACGCGACCAUAGUAGGAUUGUGACACCCGUGGAGGAUCCCAACACAGGCUCACAUUUGGGCCCGACGCGCCACCAUAAUAGGAGGAUAAAGUUGAAUGGCACGGGGACGCCAGCAGGUGGACACUACAAUGCGGCUAAGCCCUCUUCAAUGGGACGGGGAGACGGAGGAGGGGGACCCGAGGAAGGCGACAGGCACAAGAGAGGCACAAAAGACGAGCAGAAAAAAGCCUGGAAGAGGUGGGGGAGAAACCGCCAGAAUAAAAGCGCGGCGGCUUUGGCUCAGCCUCACGCGUCGCCGUGGGAACCCGUCCCCAAGCCGGUGGCCCUCACCUCCACCGACCUGCCCUUUGACCUCUUCACCAGGAGGCCCGAGUUAUUCACUUUCAGGGAGGAGAACCCCUGGGACGCCACGCCGAUCACCCCACCAAACUCGCAGGACUUCGGGGACGAGAUCAAGAACCCCUUUUACCCGGUGACGAGCGAGACUUACGGCGCUUACGCGAUCACGUGCGUCUCUGGGGUUAUCUUCCUGGUUGGGAUAGCGGGCAACAUCGCCAUCCUGUGCAUCGUGUGCCAGAACUACUACAUGAAGAGCAUCUCCAAUUCGCUGCUGGCUAAUUUGGCUGUCUGGGAUUUUGUGCUCAUCCUCUUCUGCCUGCCCAUGGUGGUGUUUCAUGAGCUGACGAAGUCCUGGCUGCUGGGGGAAUUCACCUGCAAAGUUGUGCCCUAUGUGGAGGUGGCCUCCCUCGGUGUCACCACCUUCACCCUGUGCGCUCUCUGCAUUGACCGCUUCCGCGCAGCCACCAACGUCCAGAUGUACUAUGAGAUGAUUGAGAAUUGCACCUCCACUACUGCAAAGCUAGCUGUCAUCUGGAUUGGUGCUCUCCUAUUGGCCCUACCAGAGCUGCUUAUCAGACAGCUGGUAACCGAGGACACGGGGAUGCCAGACGAGCCUCCCGUCGAACGCUGCAUUAUCAGGAUAUCCACUUCCCUUCCUGACAUGCUCUACGUGCUGGGAUUGACAUAUGAGGGAGCUCGCCUGUGGUGGUGCUUCGGCUGCUACUUCUGCCUCCCCACCCUUUUUACGAUUGGGUGCUCACUGGUGACGGCGCGCAAGAUCCGGCGUGCUGAACAGGCAAGUGUGCGCAGCAACAAGAAGCAGAUACGACUUGAAAGCCAGAUGAACUGCACAGUUGUAGCCCUAGCGAUCGUGUACGGCGCAUGUGUAGUGCCUGAGAAUAUCUGCAACAUUGUUUCCGCUUACAUGGCAGCAGGUGUACCUGAGCACACCAUGUCUGUGCUCCACCUUCUCUCCCAGCUGCUGCUCUUCUGCCGGGCCGCCGUCACGCCGGCGCUGCUGCUUCUUCUUUGCCGUCCACUGGGCAGGGCCUUCCUGGACUGCUGCUGUUGCUGCUGCUGCUGUAACCACGCCCCCUCUUCAGCGACGGCCAGCGACGACAACGAGCACGAGUGCACCACUGAGCUUGAGCUGUCGCCUUUCAGCACCAUCCGCAGGGAGCUCAGUAACUACACACCGGCAGGCUCCAACUGCUAAACAGACAUUCCUCAUAAGGGAUGGGGAUUUCACCUGCGUGCUACUAGCCUUUGGCUAGCAUUUGUCAGACUUGGCUUGGCUUGGAGAGAUUUGCCUUACCUGAUCUGAUCACAUUUUUUCAAUUGGAGCAUGGAUAAAGUCGGACACUGAAUAAUCACAUUCAGCCAGUGUCCUACAUCCUCAGUGUUCAUUCCUUACAGUAAUACUGUACAUUUACAGUCACUAUAUAACACUUAUUUUACAGGAAAGCUAACAAAAAAGCAAAAUCUUUUCACUCAUGCCCUGGGGUGCUCUUCAAACAGGGUCAGUACAUAUUUUUAGCAAUUCAGCCUGAAUCCUUUAAAACUCACAAACCUCCCUGCCGUAGACCGUGUAUGCCUAAAUAUCUUUGGACAGAUGGGAUGGCUUCUUAACCCCAAUGAUGUCUGGAUCUUCUCAAGGGAUUUAAAUCAGAUCAGUUUCUUAGAAUUACGUUAUUCUACAGCAAAAAAUAAAAUGCUGUAGUUCCCACAGGCCUUGUUCUAUUCCUGACAGGUUAAGGUAAAAACAAUUUACACUGUACUCUACAAUGUACAUAUAGCCAACAGAUUGUACAGGAUGUGUCACAAAAUGACCCGUUCAAUGAAAGAGACUCUUUGUCAUGAUGAAUUAAAAAGGCCACCAUGAAUGAUAAAGAGCAUUGAUAUCUUGAGGGAGAAAUAAUCAAUGUGAAUCCCCUUCAAAAUGUGUCCUUUAAAAAAAAAAACAGGAAAUGGAAUUCAGCUCUGUAUACUAACACACCACCCAGAUUAAAAAAAGUGGGCUGAUACUGCCUAUAGACCUACAGGACUUUGUUUACAGACUCUACAGCUGUAAAUGUACAGUUCAUAUAAUGCAGCACACAUGGGAUCAAGGCUUAUGGUAAUUAAACUAGCGCAGCGCGUCUCUGCAGUAAUGACAGUUUGCAGGAGAACAACAGAGAGGAGAGUGGAUUCCCCAUGUACACAACAAUACUCACACUGAAAAAUAUCAAGCGGACUUAAACACAACUGGGCUGGUCUCAGAGAUACAUCUACAAGGAAUUGGGAUGUUUGGGAUGGACUUAAUGAAGAGUUGAAUGAAGUGGAAUGGAAUCAAAUUAGAAACUACGGAUUCAAUUGAAGAACUUGGAAAGAAAAGACAUACCAGAGUGGAAUAUAACAGAAAGGGAUGGACUCAGCAUGGACUGGACUGAAUAUAAAAAUCUGCACUACACUGUUGUAUCAUGUUACGCCUUACACUUUGGGCUGUAUAUAAACUGUACACUUUCUUCGGUGCUCUUAUGAUGAAUGCGCUGUAAACAACAGGUCCGUCGGUUCGACUUAGAAUCGCAAGUAAUUGAGCUGGGGACUGUGUUUUUGGUCAAGAAGACAGAUUACAGUUAUCUGUGACUCUCGAAUAAAUGUAAUACAGUGGGUUGAGAGAGAGAAAAAAAAUCAAUGCAGAGUUUCACAGAGCUGCCAUAUACACAGUUAUGAGAGAUUUUUUUGAGUGUGAAUCCUGCUUUUGCUAGCGUUACCUUUGUGUGAAACCUAGACAACAAGGAUGGCGACCCUUUAUUUUAAAUCACAGCAAGUACUCAAUGUUUUAAUAUCACUGAGAUACAAAAAAUAUGCUAAUUACUAAUACUUAACAUGUAGAGAUGCAAUAAUGCAAUAAAACACUAGUAUUUGAAUUUCUAACCAUUGCAUUGGAAUAGAAUAAUUAUUUAUGGUAGUUAGUCUUGCUAUGUAAACAUGAACAUCAAUUAUCAACCAUAGGAAGUCACAACACAUUAUUUAAUUAUUGUAACAAAAAAGUGCCAAUUCUCCAAAUGUUCAUUGUAAAUACAAUCGCUAGGCUGUAAAUAUGAGGGGAAUUUAUAUAUAUUUGUACUAAUAAUUUUUAGUUUUCAUACAAGUUAUUUAUUACAACUGAAAAUGAAGUGCUACCAUGUGUGUGGAUAUAAACUCAAAGAUGACACCAAAUUUGACUUUUCAAACCAA